UAGCGAUGAGCCAGGGCAGUUGAAGCAGCCUGGAUUGUUUCUGCAAUGUGUUUUGGACCUAUGAAAGCUCAGGCUGCGCUCUUCUUUCAGUUAGUCUCAAAGGAGCUACAAGAUCCCUUUGCACUCAGGAUUCCCCAGAUUCACACAGCUAUGGCUUUGGUUUCUUUUUAACUGAUGACCUUUUAACUCAAGCUUAAAUACUGUAGUGUCUCUGGAUCAGGCGUAGUGUGGCACUGGCUGUCCUGGCUAGGGCUAGUGUGAAUGCGGUCCAACAGCAUCUGGAACACCAUAGUUAAAGUGCCCUACCAUAUGUUAAGCUCAGCCCACUGGCAUGUUUCAGUCCUGAUUCAUUUUCUCAUGUACUGCAAGUGCUCUUGUACAGUCCUGUGGAGUCACUGGGACAAUGCACUAGCAUUUUGAUUUCAUAUAAGCAGAGCUGAGACAGUUCCUUUGAUACUGGCACAUAGGCAUUUGGAUAGCUUUUCUUCAGGAGUCCCAUAUUUAUAAUACAGAUCCUGACUUUCUGGACUUCGUAACUGUUUUGAGCAAGACACAAAUAUUUUGAAAGAUGGAUUUGGCCAACCAUGGACUUAUUCUGCUUCAGCAGCUCAAUGCUCAGAGGGAAUUUGGUUUCCUUUGUGACUGCACAGUUGCAAUUGGUGAUGUUUACUUUAAGGCACACAAGUCUGUCCUUGCUGCUUUUUCAAACUAUUUCAAGAUGCUGUUUGUUCAUCAGAGCAGUGAAUGUGUCCGUUUGAAGGCAACUGACAUACAGCCAGAUAUUUUCAGCUAUCUCUUGCAUUUGAUGUACACUGGGAAGAUGGCACCUCAGCUCAUCGAUCCAGUUCGCUUAGAGCAAGGAAUAAAGUUUCUACAUGCCUACCCACUGAUCCAAGAGGCUAGCCUUGCCAGCCAAGGGAACUUUGCACAUGCAGAACAAGUUUUCCCUUUGGCAUCUUCAUUAUAUGGGAUUCAGAUUGCAGAUCACCAGGUGAGAAAUCCCACAAAGGCAGCCACAGCAGCUGACAAACCUGUUCGAGAACCAAGGCCACAGCCAUCGAGAGUAAGCCAAGAAAAUGUGCAUGAAGCCUCCCAGUUGUCUCAGUUACCACCACCAGCACUGCCUCAAGUGCCCCAGACAAAUAUGGCCACUUCUGAUCCACUGCAGUCCUCUCUCUCUCCAGAACUGGUUUCAGCUGCUUCUCAUCCUUCUCCUCCUGGAGAUGAUAACAACAUGGAGGCAUCUUCCUCAGAUGAUCAACCUGCUUCACUCACAAUAGCCCAUGUCAAGCCAAGCAUUAUGAAAAAGAAUGGAAGCUUCCCCAAGUACUAUGCUUGUCACCUCUGUGGUCGACGAUUCAAUUUGCGAAGUAGUUUGCGUGAGCACCUCCAGAUUCACACUGGAGUGCCAUUCACAUCCAACCAGCAUGGCGAAAGUAGCGUUCCAUUGUCUCUUUGUAAUAAUGCUGCUGACAAAGAUGCCAUGGAUGUGCCUGAAGCUGGAAUGAUUAGUGAUAGCGAGCUGCAGCAGAUCUCAGAUUCACCAAUUAUUGAUGGACAGCAACAAGCAGAAACACCACCACCUUCUGAUAUUGCUGACAUAGACAACUUGGAGCAAGCAGAUCAAGAAAGGGAAGUUAAAAGGCGAAAAUAUGAAUGUACCAUUUGUGGGCGUAAAUUCAUUCAGAAAAGCCACUGGAGAGAACACAUGUAUAUACAUACUGGCAAGCCUUUCAAGUGCAGCACCUGCGACAAAAGUUUUUGCCGAGCUAACCAAGCUGCUAGGCAUGUAUGUUUAAACCAAAGCAUGGACACAUACACAAUGGUAGACAAGCAGACUCUAGAGCUUUGUACUUUUGAGGAGGGCAACCAGAUGGACAACAUGUUGGUACAGACUAAUAAACCAUAUAAAUGCAACUUAUGUGACAAAACGUUUUCCACACCUAAUGAAGUUGUCAAACAUUCAUGCCAAAGUCAGAACUCUGUCUUUACUCUAGACGAGGAUAGAUCUAUUCUGCUAGGUGGAGGGGAUGCAGAAACCACAGAAAGUGACCACUCUGUCUUAGACUCUAUCAAAAAAGAACAGGAAGCAGUGUUGUUAGACUGACUCUGAUACUGAUGCCAUUUUUUUAAAAAACCUAAAAACUUUUGUUUUAUUAUUUUCUUUUUUCUUUUUUUUACUAAACCUAUCCUCCUCUCCUUCCCCCAAUCAUAACUACACUGACAUGAAGGGAAGUCUGGCUCUUGUCCUUUUUCUCCCCAGUAAAAACAUAAAAUUAAUAAAGAUUAUUGUAUGAAAUCAUAAUAAUUGAUUUUAAUACAGAAGAAAAUGUAUAAUGGGAACCCAGCUAACUAAGCUAGAAUGCUAACAAUGCAUUUGUAUAAGAUUAAGAAAGUUUUUAGACUGGUUAAAUAUAGAAACACAGUGAGAUAUAUGGUAAAAAAAGAAAACAAAACAGCUUUAUUGAAGUACAAUUAUUUUCUUUUAUUACAAAUUUUAGAAGAAAACUAGUUGGGGAUACAGAAUUCUAAUAAUGAUAUAUACAUUAUAUAUAUAUACACACACACAUAUAUAUGACGUGUAUUUGUCAUUUUUACAAGAACUUGAAAAUUCCCUUAAUGAACCAAGGAUAUUUUUAAUGCACAAGAUUUUUGUCAAAUGCUUGUUUCCAGGUAACGUCAUUGACAUGUCCAUUCAGAAGUGUAUUACCAAAGCUAUGACCCCCCAAGCACGCUAACUUGUUAGUAAGUCCAACUGACAGCAGUAGGACUUAAACUUCCAAGUAAAUGUGUUUGGAUCAGCUUUGACUAAAAUAUCAGUAAUAAUGUGAUGGCAAUCUUUUUAUAUGUAUAAAAAUGUGUUUGCGUGUAUGUACUUCAGGUAAAUGCAGGUAAAUGUAUGCAUGCACCCUUCCCAACCAAGCUGGCCACCCGUUCUUAAUAAAUGAACACUUGCAAAUUGAUUCUUCUAACAGUAAUAUGUAAAUUGACUCUGGGUGCAUGCAUUUUCUUUUCCUGCUGCUGGUGGUGGUGGUGAAAAGUACUGUCACUUAAAACAUUGGAGGAAAUCAAAUUUCAGAAGAAUUGUACAUAGCAAGUGAAUGAAACAGAUUUGAGUCUUUCUGGAGUCACAGAAAACAAAGAAAACUUGAGAUUUUUAAAGAAGCAAAACAAUAAUCUGGGUUUACCUGAUUAAUAUAUAGGAAUUAAGGGAAAGAGAAUCUGGUCUGAAUAUUUAACUACUGAUAUCCUUUUGUAACAUAACAGAAAGGAAAAUGUAUCAUGGUUGGUUUUCAUGUAACUGCAACAGAGUGGGAAGCUGUAUGUCUUUUGUGCUCCAUUAAUUUAUGUGCCAGUUAGGCAACAUAUGCAAAGGGCACAUAUGGGACAGAGCAAAUUUUAAAUCAAGUUGCUGAUUUUUAUCUUUUUUUAAAAUAUAUAAUAUCAGAAUAUUCUCCAGUAGUAUUUUUUUAAAAACGAAGGUAACUUGAUUGAUUUGUACUGGUGGGAAAGUUUCAGUAAGUGGAUCAAUCCCACCAGAAAUGCAGGCAGUGUUUUGAUUGGGGAGAGAGAGGCAGAUACAGCUCUGCUUUUGUAUAGAUGUUUUAUUUUAGUAUCAUCUUAUUUUGUGUCUAGUUAUGUUCUCCAGUUUGUAAGUUUUUAUACAUUAUUUCACAGAAUAAAAAAAAUGGUAUAAAAUGAACUGUGAUCUCUGUGGAGUCAAGGGUGAUUGAAGGUGGGCUACGUAUGUACCACUGGGCAUGUGCUACAGAUAUUACAUUUAGACUCAGGGCUGUCAUCAUGCAUCAAGAAGCCUCUUGAGCUGGUAUUGGCAACUGGUUCUGGGCUAUAGCAGCAGAUGCAGCCAUUGAUAUUGGAAGAAUGGAUGCUCUGUGCAGCUCAGUGAUAGUGUGCAAGGAUAUUUAUAAUACAAAACUGCCAUAGGCCUUCCUGGGCAGAUCGUCUGUAUGAAGAAGUACUACUGUAAUAAACGGGCACUUAAAAUGUAGCUAUUAUGGGAUAUCAACUAUAUAAGGGAGUAAGAUGGAUUCAGUAAUAUUUUGUGAACUAAAGUCUAAAGCACACUGUAGAAAUAAUCCACUUUGAGACCACUUUAAUUUCCCUGUCU